GGGCGUGGCCUGCAGACUCCUUACAGCAUGGCCGCCGGUGCUGCUGCUGCUUUAACGUUCCUGAGCCCGGAGAGCCGAGUCCGGGCCGGGGGUGUCAGGGGUCAGCGGAGCCCGGCCCCGGUCACCAUGGACAGUUUCUUCUUCGGCUGUGAGCUCUCGGGCCACACUCGCUCGUUCACCUUCAAAGUAGAAAAGGAGGAUGAUGCAGAGCACGUGUUGGCAUUAACUAUGCUCUGCCUCACCGAGGGGGCCAAGGACGAGUGUAACGUGGUGGAAAUUGUGGCCCGGAACCAUGACCACCAGGAGAUUGCAGUACCUGUGGCCAAUCUCAAGUUGUCCUGCCAGCCCAUGCUCAGUCUGGAUGACUUUCAGCUUCAACCACCUGUGACUUUCCGGCUGAAGUCAGGCUCUGGCCCUGUACGGAUUACUGGUCGGCACCAGAUUGUUACUAUAAGCAAUGAUGUUUCUGAAGAUGAUGAGAGUGAAGAGGAAGAUGAAGAGGAGGAAGCUGAGUUGUCCCCUAUCCUUCCUGCCAAAAAGCAGAAGGGCAGGCCCUAGCUCCCUUUGGUCAAGUAUCUACCGGCUACAUGUGCUACACACCACAUUCCUGGACAAGUGUGAAGAACUGUAAAUGUUUCUUCUUCAUCGCAGAGGAGAGUGUAGGUCAGGAUUUGGGUGGAAGAGUG